AUGGCAAAAUCGAUGGCAGCCGCUUCAGCUGGCCGCAUUCGUGGCUCUGCUGUCUGGCUUGUUCUCUGCCGCGCGAGAGUGAGGAGGCCGUGGUCGGGAGUGCCCAGACGACGGGACGGGCGGGGCGGGGUGCCCGGGAGGCGGGCGGUGACAGCUUUGCGGCCAGCACUCCGCUCAAAUAGCCAGUGCCGCGACCGGUGCGGACCUGGCACGGCCGCCCGCCCCAUGGUGACGGCGACUAGCGGGCGGUGCGGGGGCACUCCGGAGCGCCGGGGGCCCGGCGGCUCCCCUAGGGGCUGCCCGCGCCGCCCGGCACGGCGGCGGCGCCUGGGGACGGGGACGGCGGCGGCGGCGGCGGGGGAGAACGCGCAGGAGCUGCAGGCUUUCCGCGACUACGGGGAGAGUUGGUACCGCUCCCGCAAGGGGCUGGAGAGCCGCUUCCAGCCGCGGGAGCCGCUCGCCCGGCAGCCGCAGGUGACGGCAGAGGCGCGCUGCAAGCUGGUCAGCUGGCUCAUCCCCGUGCACCGGCAUUUCGGGCUCUCCUUGGAGGCACUCUGCCUGGCCGUCAACAUCCUCGACCGCUUUCUCGCCACUACCCCAGUGGCCGCCGACUGCUUCCAGCUCCUGGGGGUAACAGCGCUGCUCAUCGCCUGCAAACAGGUGGAGGUGCACCCUCCUAGCGUAAAAGAGCUCCUCGCCCUCUGCUGUGACGCCUUCACCCGCCAGCAGCUCCGCAACCUGGAGUGCAUCGUCCUGCAUCGCCUGGACUUCGACUUGGCGGCGCCCACCGCCAGCUUCUUCCUGGAGCACUUCAGCCAGGUGCGGCUGGAGGCUCGCGGGGCCGACGCGGGGGAGGCGGCGGACGCCCGGAGCCUGGCGGCGGGCGUCGCGGAGCUCAGCCUGGCUGACUAUGCCUUCACCAAGUACGCGCCCUCUCUGCUGGCCGCCAGCAGCCUGGGGCUUGCGGACCGGCUCCUGCGCCACCGCAGCCCCCUGGACCUGCGAAUCAGCGGCUACCCGGAAGGAAUCCUGCGGGACUGCAUGGACCAGCUUCAGCUCCUGGUAUCUCUGAACGGGCGGUCCCUGUCUCUCCUCCUGCCCUCGGAGGUGGCUCAGAAGUGCCCCUGGCUUGGGGAUAACCGCUGACAGCGAGUGGUGUUGUACACGGCUCUGACUCGGCGUUUGUACUCCACAAAGUCGGUGCAGUCUGAUCCACUAAGCCUUAGUGUCAUUGGAGCUUAAAAAUUAGAUGGCGUUUUGCAAACGAUUUUAUGUGUCAUGUCAUCUGCACUGUCCUUUUGCUGUAUUUUUUUAAGUCCAUCAUGCAAAUACUUUACUGAAUCUCACGUACUGUGUUAUUUAAUUGGGGAAUGGUCCAUAAAGAUAACGUAAGGACCAACUGAACGUUGAGUAAAUUCUUUUCUGCUUGUUACCUCUAUACGUUUAUUGGCUGGCAGUAUACAGA